CCAAAUCUCGGAGUAUAAUGGGCCACUUUAUUAACAGCCAAAGCCCGCUAAAGUACAUGCGUGUAGUGCUUAGCCCACUUUAGCUGCGAUUAUGGUGCAAAUGAGCUGAGAGGAUACGAAACAGGUACUUGUGGCACUUUAACUGCCGCUGCGCGUGUCGAACGCGGGGCACAAGGAAAAGAAAUCUUGUCUAAGAGCCAGGCGCGUCAAGCUUGCACCGCUAACGGAGAGCUACCUUGAUAACCGUGAAUCCAAGGAAUCAAUCAGCUUCCAGUUGUUACAUGAUCCCUUCUGCUGUCAGACACAGCAACAAGACGCAGUUCAGCAUCAUCCACCGAGAGCAUCUCCAUUGAGGCUGCAGCACUCAACCACAGCAUACUGCAAAGCUGACGGCCGCCAACAUGGUCAAGCUCGAGGACGUCUCCAGCCUCCUCCAGGCGCCCGCGCCCUCGCAGAAAGUGCCCAUCCGAACCGAUUCGACCUACAAACCGCUUCACUCCUUCGCCCUGGACAAACAGCGGUCAUACAAGCAACAGUAUGGUGACAUGUACUUUUUGCGGUUAGCCAAGAUCAAGCCUGCAGUGGAAGAGGUGGCUUCAAAGGCGUGGGAUGGCACCGAGAUUGGGGGGGAACUGGCCAAGAGGGUCGAUCGAGUGCUUGAUGUGCGGCAAGGCGAGCUGUGUUGGGUUGCGGGCACCGUCUAUAUGGACAUGCGGUUGAAGCCCAAUAUUCUCGAAGACGUAUCCAAAGAUCGUUGGUUGUCCGCUCCCAUCUCCUCGCAAAAGUACUACUCCGACGACGGCUCCGACCAGAUCAUGCUCGAAGACGACUCGGGCCGCGUUCGCCUAGUGGGAGAGUUGCUCAAUUCCAUCCCUCUCGUCACUGGGUGCAUCAUUGCCGUCAUGGGCACCGAGAACACAAACGGAGAAUUUGAAGUCAUCGAUCUCAAGGUGCCCGAUCUGGCUCCGCAGCCGGAGCGCUGGGCCCUCUCUAAAGCGCCCUCUGCGAGCGGCAAAUCAAAGAGCGAGGAUACAGACAUGACGGACAGCCCCUCACCAAACGGCGGCAAGAAGGUUGCCAUUGUGUCUGGGCUGUCCUUUUCCGGUACCGAUGCCUCAUACGAUCUCGAGCUCAAUCUCCUGCUGGAAUACUUGCUGGGAGAAGCCCUCGGCCCAGAUGAACAGACUAGUAUUUCGCAAAUCAGCAGGCUCAUCAUCGCUGGUGACUCUAUCUCAACAACAGCCACCAAGGAAAACGAUGACGAAGACGACGAGACCAAGAAGAGGGCACAGAAGAAGUACGGCUACGAUGCCAGUGCAUACAACCCCUUGCCAUCCCAGCUGUUUGACGAGUUUGUGGCUGAGCUCUUGCCCUCCAUUCCUAUCACCCUUCUCCCCGGUGCUCGGGAUCCCGCCAAUGCAAGCUAUCCUCAGCAGCCGAUCCACACGGCCAUGUUUCCUCUAUCAAGAGCUUAUGCGUCAGAUCCCGGCGCGGCAUCAACAUCCCAGCCUGGCUGGUUCGAUACUGUGACGAACCCCUGGGAGGCAGAAAUAGAAGGAUGGAGGAUAUUGGGCACGGGUGGUCAGAAUGUGGACGAUGUGUUCAAGUAUGUUGAGAGUGAUGACCGGCUAGGCAUGAUGGAAGCCAUGUGCAGGUGGAGAUGCUGCGCUCCCACCGCACCCGAUACACUAUGGAGUUAUCCAUUCCAAGAAGACGAUCCUUUUGUCCUCAAAUCGUGCCCGCACGUGUACUUCGUCGGCUGUCAGCCCGAAUUUGCAACCAAGGUCAUUCAUGGCCCGGAUGGCCAAAGCGUUCGGCUCAUUGCUGUGCCAUCAUUUUCGAAAACCAAGGAAUUUGUGCUGGUGGAUACGGAAACGUUAGAAGUGACAAAGAUUAAGAUUGCUUCGAGGUGAUGGAUGAGAUGGGGUUGAAUAUGUGAGAGGAGUCAAUGGAAUGUACGUGGCAUGGAAGAUGCAGAAUACCCCCGCCAUUGAUGACGCCACGAUAGGAAGUAGAAGUCUUGAUUCAUACCGUUACCUGGAUUUAGAGAGAAGAUCAACGACUGCGGAAGAUGAAGACUACACUGGAGAGUUACUAGACUGGGGAUAUAAACUCAUGUAAUUGUCACGGCGUACACUUUGGCCCUCGAUUUUCAUAAUGUACAGUAGUAGACUGAAGAGCAAAUGGCGGUCAUGUCUCCUUGAGCAGCAAAGAUAGAGAGACAUGGAUAAGGGAAAGUACCUAUGAUAUGAAGUCGGUGGUAUCUGGCCGGCAACGCCACCUUUCUCAAACUUUAUAUAUUCCUACUCUUUCUCUUCUUCACUUACCU